UCUUGGGCGUUUCCGAGGCAGCCUCGUUCUUUCUGACUUGUGGACGUACUGUGCCGCGAAGUUAGGUUGGAGACUGGCACGCUGGUUGAGUCAGAAAGCCAACUACUAUAAAUAUUUCAAGGCAUUGGCAAAAGGUUGCGACUUCGAUGAACAUCAACAUCGUUCCCACAUCCAUAGGAUCUGUCCCUCUUUCCAACGACAGAUUCCUUCAAAUACCAGGGCAGUCCACGCCUCGCCCUCGAGUCUGAAAUCCAUAUUCACGAGCCAUCAUAUCUAUACACUUAUGUACCCCAAAUCAAGAGGAAGAUCCUACCCAAAGCAUUUAAGACGGCCACUACAGAACGAAUGGACCAUGAGACCACACAGCUACCGUCAUGUAUUGGUUCGCCCAAUUCCUCACCUGGGAGUACCUCAGUUUCGGAGUCUUGCAGCCGCAGCUCGAUCUCCAACAGCUCUUCCUCGUCCCAAACGCAGGCCACAACGAAUUUCAGUGCAGCGACUAAAGAGCAACCGGGAUGUGAUAGAGAGAGUCUGCUGGUACUGCAGCGGACCUUGACCGAAGAUGUGGAGGGACCCAAAGACUCUAUCACGACGAAGCCUCAAAGGGAUAUUGGACCAGUUGAACGAGAAUUUCACGCGGAUCCUUCUCACGAGUUUUGGAAAUGGUGUCGAAACACACAGAACUGGUACCAUAAGGUGACCGAAACCGGAUCGGUUUUAUGGGCACCCCAUCAGCUAGAUUGAACCUUUCAUUAUGUUUCUGAAUAGACUAGGCUUUUCGGUUUGGGAGUUUUCUUUGACUUUGGAGUAUAGCGUUGAUCUUCAAUCUUCGAUUCAGACAUUCGUUUACCCCGUUGAUUCGUGGAGCUAGAUAGGGGCGAAGGUGACACAAGGAUGCAUAAAGUAGACAAAUUGUAUCGGAUAAUGAGGGCUUGGAGCAUGUUUCGGUUGAUUUCGAAUUAUUAGCAGAGCACAAAUCAUCACUGUCGAUUCAUCAUAUCAUUCAGCUGUAACUACCUAUCUUGGGAGUUCCAUCCAGACCUCGUGGCCUAUCCAAGCUAUGGGCAUGGCUCUGCAUUUGUUGAGACC